AUUCUUUUAAUUUUAUCUUCUAAAUUGUGGACAAAACAGCUUUUCUGUGGAGCAAAUAGCACCCUGUUUUCCCAGAAUACGCCGCCCCGGCCCAAAUCUAAGCGUCGCAUUCCGUUCCCAACUGUCUUCGGUCAGCUUCGGAUCGGUCUCUUUGAUUUUGGUCGAUCGAUUUCGGGGUUUGGGCAUACGGGAAUGUGCCAAAGUUUCGAUCUUUUUGCCUCCCUUGCUGGGAUUCGAGCUGUCCCCCCUUGUUUCCUCGCCCGAAAUCUUGGAUUGAAGGACUAAAGAGACUUCUGUGUCAGAUCAUCAGUGAGCAUUGCAUAUCUUGCCUAUUCUGCAUCUGGAGAUCUUUUUGGUGCUAAGGAGUUUGAGAGAACAAUUGAUUUUGUUGGUUUGCCACCAUUUUAUCGAUCAGGCUGGGCCAAGCAGGGUUGAGUAUAUUGUAUAUCAUCAUGAAGUUCAAAGAAGGUGAUAGAGUAGAGGUCUUGAGAAGAAAAGAGGAGCAGUAUGAUUCUUGGUUCCCUGCUAAAAUUUCAUUUGUGCACAGUUCAACAUAUACUGUUAGAUACGAGCUAUUCAUGACUUCCGAUAAGAAGUCUGUGGUGGAAAUAGUACAUGAGGUAGAUGUUAGGCCUUGCCCAUCGCUACCGAGUGGCAAAAAGUGGUGGACUGCUGGUGACAUCACGGAGGUCCUUGAUCUUUGCUCUUGGAGAGCUGGGAAGGUUGUGAAAGUCCUAAAAAAUGACCGAGUUGUGAUCAAACUCUUUGGCUCCAUCCAGCUUAAAGAACACCCUGUGUCUGAUCUAAGAGUUCCACAGGCGUGGCAAAACAACCGAUGGAUUAUGAUUGAUCAGGGAAGUGGAGGGAAGCACUCUAGCUUCAAUAAUGCAAGAAAAUUGGAUUAUGCAACAAGUCAAGGUAUUGGGAAGCAAACUUCAAUUGGAUGUACAUCAAAGCAAAAGCAUGUUGUCUGCAGUUCUCCUAUUAAAACUAUGAAGCCAAAACUCAGAUCCUACUGUGGCUUUUCGCCAGUUGAUUUGGUUAAAGGAAUGGACAGGAAAGGAAAAUUCAUCCAAAACAGAUCUCAUAAGUUAGCUAGAGAAGCACUACCUCGAAGGAUGGACACUAUUUCUUUUUCAAAAGAUUUGGACAGUCAGAAUUUCCUGCAUAAGUCCAGUAAAGAAAGAGUAGGUGGGUCUCCUUGGAUAAAUGCUGAUAAGUGGCAUACAAAUAAUCAUGUCCUGAUUCCAUCUUCAACACCUUUGCCAGUCUCUGAAGAUAACAAUGAUUGCUCUGUUGCUAGUUGCAGUGGUAAUGCUUAUCCAGGGUAUACAUAUCAAAGUCUCAGAAAACACUCCAAGGAUACUGCAUUUAAUAGUUUGGUUGAUGAGUGUCAAAGCAAAACUGGAGAUGAAUUGGCUGCUAAUGUCCAUGAAUUAGAGCUACAUGCAUACCAUUCUACUGUGGAAGCGUUUCAUGCCUCUGGUCCUUUAAGUUGGGAGCAGGAGUCACUUCUAACAAAUCUCCGUCUCUCUCUUAAUAUUUCUAAUGAAGAGCAUUUACAUCACUUGAGGCAUCUGUUAUCUGCUUAAAUUCUUUGUUCAGCAUCAUAUAGUUGUUUGGCAUAUGUCUAACUCUCUUUGGGGAUCAUCUACAGAAUGGGGUUUAGAAAAAUUCAGUUUGCUGUUACGAGUGGAAUGAUUAAAUUGGCGGAUAAGCAUGCUUAGAAGUUUCUGGAAAGUAUUUCUGCUAGUUGCUUGUAACUACAUGUAUAUAUUUUGAAAGCAUUAAGGGUUGCUUCUUGCAAUAACUCUGAACUUUCUGAUUCUAAAUGGAAUCGAUACUGUCAUAACUGUGAAUCAAGAGCAAUUUUUGUUUCUCAUUCAUUUUGUUUUUCCUCUGAAGUAUAUUUGGUUGAACCUGCUGAUAGAAUUCAAAGAUGAAUGGUAAAAAAAAAAUGCCAUAACUGGGUGAAUCAAUUGCAUUUUGGAAACUAUGGUUAAUUGAAAAAAAUAUUUAAUUUAUAAGAAUUAAAUGCAUGGAUGCUCUUUUUCAUCUCAUAUUCUGGAAGCACGUUUCAUCAAUUUAUUUUUCUUCCUACAGUGACAUGUUAAUAUGUGCGCAUGCACAUGUGUGCACGAUGCGCAUGCAUAUAUGGCAAAGGAUAAGACAUGUUUCAGUUGAUAGAAUAUGAUGAAUUUUAAGUUUCUGCUAGAACCAUCACACUUUAGAAGAGUGUUUUCUCUACUAAUCUGGCAUGUUUGAUACAAGCGGAUGAUUUGCAGAGUAUGCUAUGGCUGCCUAAGUAAUUUUUUAUGAAGUACUAAAUUCUUACUUGAUUGUUAUACAUGUUAGAGGGUGUACUUCCCUUUCCAAUAAAUUCAGUGCUAGAGGGAGUGUUAUGAAACAUUCAUUUUGUUUCAACAUAAAGACAGCUGUCAUGUAUCGGUCAGUUGAUUAAAGUUAUGCUAAAGUUAAGCCUUGGCACUAAGGAUAGUUACUCCAAUGCAACUCGGGGGUGUUGAGGGUUUGAAUCACAAAAAAUGUCUUUCUUCAUGCAAUUUCAUGCAAGGGUAAGGUUGUGGUGGAUACCAUGGAAUUAUCAUGAUCUAGUCAUCUAAUUCUACUCAAGAAAACCCCUUUAUUAUUGUAUUCAUUUGGGCAUUUUGUCCUGUGACAGAGUUGUCUGCUGGCCCAGAAUUAAUACAAAGAACGUUUCAUCUGUAUUUGAGCAAAAAUUGACACUAAAAGGAAACUAUAUGGUCGAUGAAGUGCCUAAUAGGAAAAAAAAAGACAGUUUGGUGCAUUAUAUUUAUGAAUCUAACAGUGAAAUAAUCAACUGGAGGUCCAAUGUGUUAUGUAGCUUCAUUUAUGAAUUACCAUGAUUUCUGCUACAACUACCAUGAUUUCUCACAAUUUCAAGAGAACCUCAGCUUGGGUGUGCAAAGAAAGACUGACACUACAACUGAUGCUGAUGCCUCCUGAUCAUCUAUUGUCAUCUGCUGGUGGUGGCUCGACAUAAGCUGACCCUGUGUUAUCAUAUGAUAUCUCAGAUUCAGCUGACAAGAUUUUUCUGUUCACAUCAUUUUGAUGUUCUGCAUCAUUUGACACAUUCAAAGCUGUGGAGAGUUUGUCGAUAGUUGUAUUCUCUUCUCUGUGCUGUUCAAAAACUGCUAAAAGACAUCAUAGCAAAACCUGAAUUAGCUCAUGUCAGAAAACAACCUGAGUGAACACCAGCGAGUAUUGGAUAUCGAAGUUCAAAGAACUACUUUGAAUGCAACCAAAUCUCACUUUGCUUGUCAUGAUCAAGGGAACCAUGUAUGACAUUCGAUGUAGCAGGAGAAUUUGAAGAAUGGGUCAUCAUGUUGGCAGCAUCUUCAUCUUCAUGUUCUGAUGGCAAACACUAACUCAUCAGGAGGAACAGAGAAGCAGACAGAAGUUGAUACAAUCAAUAGAGGAAGCAAGGAGGGACCUCGAGCAGCAGUGACGAUUUGGUUCCCCAUCUCAUUGCCCAUUGUGACUACCAAUUCAAAUUCUGCAAUUUCAAGAAGACUUGUGGUCAGAAGUACAAUGUCUGGCACUGCCAAAGAGAUCAUGAGACUAUAAGUAGAAAGACAGAAAAGACACUAUACCAUGAUGAUUCUGAGUCCUGCAGUGCACCGAUGGGGAUUUCCUGAUGUUGAACCCAAUCCAUUGCUUAAACUACAAGUUCCUUAUGGAUCAUCAACUUGCUUGCAAUUGAAUGAUGGCACACAUAUAUGGUGACUGAUCUGCUCAUAGCUGCAACAACUGUACAUGUCCUUUUUCUUUUCAAAAAGAAAAAGCUUCUAUCACAUCAGAUGUUGGCAUUGCAAGGAGAAAUAAUUGGAAUAGUCUGCUCACUGGACCCAGCUUGGUUAGAUUUUCUUUGCCAGUCUGAAACUCGUUAGCAUGCAAUCAGACAGCAGCUAAUUCUGGAUCAACUUUCGGCUUCGGCAGAUAAUACGAUCCCGAGAGACUGCAUAAUCAAGACUUAUAUAUAUGUUUGUCAAGUUGGCUUGGUGAUGAAGUCACAGCCAGGUGCAUUGGAUUCUCUUAAGAGUCAUUUCUUUCUUAUUUUCAACCUAAUUAUUGUUGUUUCCUUUGGUGGAGCUCAACAUGUUAUAAUGCAAUAAAAAGACUCAGGUUGGGCCC